CAUUAAUCUCUUAAAUUUGACACUUCAUCUUAGUUUUAAAUAAUAAUCAUACUAAUUGAAAGUAAAAAGCAAGUGUCUUAAAUUAAAAAAAUUAGUUGUCUUACAGAUAAAUAAGAGUUUUUUUUUGUGAAGGCAAGUGGUGAAAAAGUAUGAAUAAAUAUAAAAUAUUUGAAUAAUAUAAAACAAUAUGUUUAAAAAUAUAAUAUUUUGUAAUAAGAUAAUUUAAACUAAAAUAUAGUUAAAUUUAUUGUCUUUUAAAU